AUGAUCAAGUAUUUUCCAGUUGGAGACUCGCUGCAUUUGAUAGAUUUGGGUAUCAUGAAAAAACUCUUACUUGGAUGGCGAGAUGGAAAAUUUGGAAGCCUGAACACACAAUGGUCUGCUAAUGUGGUAACCGGCCUAUCAGAAAGCAUGCUUCUUAUGCAUUUUCUUGAACACUUUAAAGACUUUUAUGGAGUCGAUUAUAUGUCGAGCAAUGUUCAUAAUCUAAGCAAUUUAGUAGACGAUGUGAGGCGAUUCGGAACUUUGCCUGGAUUCAGCGCAUAUCCUUUCGAAAACAAAAUCUGA